AUGGCUGCACCUAUAGGCAAGGGAGAAAGGCUGAUCCUCCUCCAUGCCGGGAGUAGCAAUGGAUUUAUCCCGGGAUGUUGCUUACUAUUUAAAUCUGGGGGUACUGGAGACUACCACGAAGAAAUGGACAGUGUCACUUUUCAAGCCUGGUUCAAGGACACGCUGCUUCCACAACUCAGUACUCCAUCUACAAUUUUAAUGGACAAUGCGUCCUACCACUCGCAACUAUUGGAUAAAGUUCCGAAUAAAUCAUCAAAAAAGGCUGAGAUGCAGGAAUGGCUUCAGCGACAUCACAUUACGUUCGAAGAAGAGAUGACAAAGGCGGAGCUUUUAGAGCUAAUAAUUCAAAAUAAACCCCCAAAUCCCACUUACAUAAUUGAUGAUUUAGCUCGAAAAGCUGGCCACAAGGUUGUUCGACUGCCACCCUACCACUGUCAUUUCAAUAGCAUUGAAUUAAUCUGGGCUCAGGUUAAGGGGUACGUCGCGAGGAACAAUAAAUUGUUCACCAUUACAGAAACAAAAAGGUUAACUAUGGAGGCAAUCGAAAAUGUUACCUCUGCUGAAUGGAAGAAAGUCGUGGAGCACACUAAGAAAGUCAUUGAUGAAGCAUGGAACAAAGAAGGCAUCAUCGAGCAGGAUGUAGAACAGAUGAUAAUCUCUAUCACCGAAGCCGAUGAAGACGACGAGGACAGCGACGAGGAGUCAGAAAACAAUGACGGAGCCUGCUUCGUAGACGACAUCACCCAGGAGUUUGAGUUAUUGGAAGAAGUUUUUGAGUGUCUCACCAAAGAAAGCAGUAAAGUGAAUCCUGACCUACCACCUCCGAAGAAAAUAAUAAUGGCACCAACGGCUCCCAGACCAACAGAAGAUACACGGAGGAAGGAGUGUGUUGUGAUGCAGCUUGUGAGCGAUGGUUCCACGGACAAUGUCUUCGAGUGUCCAAAACAGAGUACUAGCGUAUAA